AUGUAUUUUUUUGUGAAAUUCCCAUCAUCCCAUAAUUUUGAGCAACCGUGUAUAUUGUUUGAACAAAAAAUGAUUAAUGUGUAACGAAAUGAUAUGCUGGGAUAUAAAACAGAGUUUAUAAUUAAUAAGAGUACUUUUUAAACACCAAAACACCUAUUGGGAAACAAGUGAGAAUACUGUAUAACCUGAUCCGAUUCAAAUAUAACAUCUGCAUUACCUGUCGAGGUGUACGUUGGCUCCAAUGUACCAAGAGGAGGCCAUCUGAUGGUAAAGCACUAAAAUGUCAUGGAACGUAGCAAGAUAUACAUUAGCCUGGAAAUUUCAGGACUUACGACCAGGAGCCUCACUUCCUGAUGUCUCAACUUUGGAGCAGAUACGAGAUGGUGAAGUUGGGCCUCCUCACCCAAGGGAGUUGGAUACUGUCAGAGAUGAGAUCAAGGCUGACCAACCAAUGCUCAAAAAGGAUCAUGAGGAAGCCGAAAUUCCUCCACCAGAGCCUGUGGUUAUACGAAAGAGAGAGGAAACUAAGGGUUCAUGUUUUGCAAACAUUAACUCUUAUGUAACAAUCCUAUCCAUAAUGGGAUUCCUUAUCACAACGGACACAAUGCACAGAUUCGCAGUGUUGACAACACUGCAGAAACGGUUCAAUUUUGCAACAAUGGAAUCUGGUAUCAUAAUCAGUAGUUAUGACAUUGGUCAUGUUAUAUUAUUGGUUCUUCUUGGUUAUUUCGGGGGUAAUAUACACAAGCCCAGGUGGCUUGCAAUAGGGGGUAUCAUGGUUGCGAUAGCAGGAGUGUUAUGGUCACUGCCUCAUUUCUUAUUCGGACCUGGGCCGAAACCCAUUGAAAUUGAUUCUCUAAAUAACACAGAACUGGAGACCAUGGUGUGUCAUCCAAAUGGAACCGCCGGACUAAACAGUGGGGAGUCGUUCUGCCCAGAUAUAGGAAAUGCAACAACUAAAGGUGAUUCAGAUGCGCUAGAAAGCACUAUAGCAUUCUGGAUAUUGUUUACAUCACAAUGCUUCAUCGGGGGAGGAUUAGCUCCCUUUCUUACACUUGGGAUCUCUUAUAUUGAUGAUAACACCGAUCCCCAGUCAUCAGCAUUAUAUGUUGGUAUUGUAUACAGUAUAGGAACGUUAGGUAUGGUGAUGGGCUUUCUUCUUGGUGCUAUUCUUACCGGAACAUACGUUGACUUAAGUGAUACCCAUCUGGAUCCCCAAGACCCCCAGUGGCUUGGGGCCUGGUGGCUUGGCUCUAUUUGUAUAGCUGGAGGAUGUCUCCUCUUCUCCAUUCCAAUGGGUCUCUUCCCCAGAUCUCUACCAAAACCAGGUAAAAAGAAACACAAAGGCCAUCAACGGCAUUCCAAAGGGAGCAGGCUUGGAAGCGUGUAUGGUAGUAUAAGAGGGAAAGGAGGAUUCAUGCCCAAAGAGUACAGUUUCCCAGUAGCCUUAAAGAUGCUCUGCACAAACGUGGUAUUCCAGACAACUACAAUUGGCCUCUGUGCCAUGACCUACCUCGCUGGGGGAGUAUUCACCUUUCUCCCCAAAUAUAUCGAAACCCAAUUCGGUCAGCUCUCAUGGGUCGCUAAUGUUAUCACAGCCGGAAUAUCUGCAGGUGCAAUGGCAUCUGGAACGUUCUUUGGAGGUUGGUUGGCUGCUAGAUUACGGUUAACCCCACCUGGCUCCAUAAAGCUUAUUACUAUUUCAUGUGCACUUGGACUCGGUGUCCUUGUCUCAUUGAUGUUCGUCGGAUGUCAACAAGUCGAAAUAGCAGGUGUAACAAAUCCAGAUGAUGGGUUAAUAACAAUAGACACCCCAUGCAACUUGGAUUGUGGAUGUGACCUAGGAUUUUCACCUGUGUGUGGAAGUGAUGGGGUCACAUAUUAUUCCGCUUGUUACGCUGGAUGCAAUAAUUUCUCCAACUACAUAACGGAUGAAAUUGCUAAUUAUACAAACUGUGGCUGUGUCGAGACUUCAAUGACUGGUGUUCCUGGAGGAGGUAAUGCCAAGACCGGAUGGUGUGCUACUAAUUGCAUUACGCUGGUUCCAUAUGCUAUACUAUUUUUCUUCAUGGUGUUUGGUGUUACAACUGGAAUGGCUCCAAUUCUCUCCAUUACAUUGAGGUGUGUUGAACCUGAGCUUAAACCGUUGGCAUUGUCUAUCAAUAACAUCUUAACAAGCGUUUUGGCUUCCAUUCCUGGUCCAAUGUUGUAUGGAAUGAUGAUUGAUUCAACUUGUAAAUUCUGGGAAAGCACGUGUGAAGGAGGGCAAUUUUGUCUUCUUUACGACUUCCGAUUAUUCCGACUUUUGCUCCAUGGUGUGACUGUUGGAGUACUGGGGGUUGGUCUCAUUUGUUUUGUAAUCGCAUGGCUGAAGUUACGGACUAUGAAAUUUACUGAAGAGGGAGAAAUGAUAACAGAUGAACAUGAUCAUGAAAUAAAUAUGGUCAAUAGAAGGCAUUACACCGUCAGCACCAGUAGUCAAUAAAGGAUUGGAUCUUCUCUACAGACAGUAAUAUUCCAAAGCAUACGCCAGGUGUGGUGAUUCUUGAUACACUGAUCUUACACUACGAAUUGAAACAUGAUAAACAUCAUAAUUCUAAAAAACUGUAGAUGUUAGUCCCCUCCAAAAGUUUCGCCGGUGGCCAGACUUCCCAUGAAUAACAGGUCAAACUGAUUAGAAAAUUCAAAGUUUGAUGAUUCUUUAAACAUUUACGAACUUCACCUAUCAGCAAAGACAUGGCCAAACGGGGAAAAUGGUGCAAAAUCUUUGGAGGGGAGUGCAAAUUGCGCAUAGUGUAUGUCAAGGUGAACGUAAAACCAACAGUUGAGAUAAAAAAAAAUCAUUUAUCAUAAAUCAUUGCAUGUAAGGCCUAUGCGAACUUAGUUCAGUAUAUGCUUGAAAAAUGUAAAUCGUAGUUUUAGUUUUUUAGUUUUUUACAUAAGAUAUAUUGAAGUGAAAGAGAUCUCAGCGAAACCUGUAAACUGAAACAUUCCUGUGUACACAACAUCUUCAAAGUGGAACACUAUUAUAGUACAUGCGGAACAUGUCUUUACAGGUUUUGCUGUAUUUAAAUUAUAUGAUAGGCCUAGUUCAUAAGCUUGGUCACAUUUGAGAGAUUUCGCAACUCAUGUUUAUUAUCAUAUUCCCGUAUAACGUAAAGCGUUUAAUUACGUCACCAUUUAUUGCGCAACUUUAUACGUGUGGCAUUCUUACGUAUAGACGUAUAUGACGAUUUGUAAGAACAUCUUACUCAUGAACGUAGGCUAUAGAG